CAGUCAAGACAGCAACAUCAGAUUAUUGAGCUUCUGCUGGAACAUUCCUGAACAAAAAACACACACACACACACACACACACACACACACACAGUGAGAGGCAGGCAGACAGAGACAGAGAAAAUCCUGGAGCUCACAGAGUUGGCACAGACUUACUCACUCAGGGUUGAGUCACUUCUCACACAGCGUCUAACACACAGCACAGGUUAAAAUGUGAUGUGAGAAGUCAAACUGGCAGAGGAGUGGAAUCUGACCGCCCGUCUCAAGCCUGUCAGCAUGAUUUGGAAAUUGAUUCAUUUUAGUGCUCUCCUCCUCGGAGCACUCACAUCCCUGACUCCAUCUUCGCCCACCACCACCGCUAACACUGACGGAGGACCCUGUCACAUCGACAACUCCGGCCGCUCCGCAGACUGUCUGGGAAGACAGCUUGACAGUGUCCCGUGGAGACAAUUUCCAUCCACACUGGAGAACAUAGAUCUCUCCUACAAUAAACUUCAAGCUGUUCACGCUGACGACUUCCUCCACCUCCCUCGGCUUCGUAUUCUUAAGCUGCAGUACAAUAACAUUUCACACAUUGACAAUGAUGCCUUUAAAAACAACACGCUGCUCGAGUAUCUUAACAUCUUCAAUAACUCCCUGCAGGAAAUUCCUGCCACAGCUCUGACUCCUCUUUUGAAUCUGAAAGAGCUCUACAUGUCCAAUAACCUUUACAGACAUGCCACUUUGGAUGAGAGCUUCUCCAGAUUUGGCAAACUCCAGGUUCUGUCUAUGGGGGGCCCUCUGGUGGCGGGUCUGAGGAAAGCUGAUUUUCAGGCCCUGAAGAACAUCCAGUUACAAGGCUUUGCUAUCAAAUGUUCCUCCAAUCUGAGUUAUUACGAGCCUGGAAGUUUAAAGGUCAUCCAGACGAAGCAGAUGGGCUUUGAUAUGGCCAUAGAUCAACGGCCAAACGCUCUCCCUCACAUGCUAAGUGACCUCGCCAGCAAGACCUUUAGCGUCAUCCAGUUCCGCAACCUCUUUGAGUUCAUGUACUACAUGGGAAAAGAGGACAUUUUCCAGGGUUUAAAAGACAUCACAGCCCAUCAGCUCAUCUUUCACAGAGGAAAAUACAAUGAGAAUCUCAUGAGGAUGGCUUUAGUGAACUUACAAGUCGCCCCCAUCAAAAGGUUGAGACUUCAGUACAUCGACUUCGCCCGGUCACCCACAUUUGUUGAUAGCGGAGCAGGAUCCAGCGUCACAGAGCUCGCACUGGAUAAGUUGGAUCUUUGGUAUAUCAGCAAUCCUGACGUGCUGAGAUUCGACUGGCGCUUCACCUGGUUCAACAAGAUUAAGGAACUGUCUAUUCAGCAUGUCUACUUCAACUCGGUGCCUUGUGAUGCCUGGGUGGAGAUGGCAGGUGUAGAGUCUCUAGAUGUCUCCAACAACCGGCUAUGGAACGAGUACAUCUUCAACCAGCGGUGCAAUUACAGGGGCGCCAUGCCAAAUCUUCACACCUUCAAAAUGAGCACCAAUGACUUGACCAGCUUAAAAGACUUGUCGUCUCUAACUAGGGAGUUCCAGCAGCUGCAGGUGUUGGAUUUUAGCCACAACAAACUGGGAUCUGCUGAAACUAGUCAGGGCUGCGUUUGGCAGAAAAAUAUCACUCGGCUCAUCGCUCACCACAAUGAGUUUGUAAGUGUAGCCCUGCAUUGUCUACCCACCACAGUGCACUACCUGGACCUGUCCUACUGCAACCUGGACCAGCUGGACAUGACGUACUUUGAGAAAGCCACCAACCUGAAGGAGCUCCUGCUGAGUGGGAAUAAAAUCAAGUUCAUCCCAUCUAAGUGGACGAGUCCAUCCCUGCAGUCACUGGCUUUGGAUGGGAAUUCAUUUGGUCUGAUUAGCAAAGCUUCCUUCCAGGACAUGCCUCAGCUGUCCCACCUGAUGGCAGGGAACAAUCCCUACCACUGCACUUGUGAGCUCCAUGCUUUCGUCGAGGACACGAUCUCAAAGGGGAAGGUGAACCUCACAGACUGGCCUCAGAACUACAGGUGUUACCACCCAGAGGCCCUGCUCAACACUGUCGUAUCCAAAUUCCUCCCAGGUCAGGUGGCGUGUGAUAUCAGACUGGUGAUCAUCAUCUGUGUCGCAACCACCACAGCGGUGAUCUUGAUACUAAUGCUGAUUUGCUAUAUUUUUGACCUCCCGUGGUACACUAAAGCCACCUAUCAGAUCAUCAGGGCCAAGUACAGAGCUCACAAGGAGAAGGCGGCAGGGGAACUGGGGGCUUUUGCUUAUCAUGCCUUCAUAUCCUACAGCCACUGUGAUGCAGACUGGGUGAGGGACCAGCUCCUGCCCUGUUUGGAGAACAACAGGAACCCCUAUCGUCUGUGUAUCCAUGAGAGGGACUUCAUGCCAGGAAGGUGGAUCAUCGAUAACAUCAUUGAAAACAUUGAAAACAGUCGAAAGGUAAUAUUUGUCCUCUCCCGGCACUUUGUUAACAGCGAGUGGUGCAACUAUGAGCUGUACUUUGCUCAGCAGAGAGCGAUGGGAAAGACCUUCAGUGACGUCAUCCUCGUGGUGAAGGAGCCCAUUGAUCCCAGCUCUUUGCCCAGUAAGUACUGCAAGCUCAAGAAGAUGCUGAGCACCAAGACGUACCUGGAGUGGCCCCAGCAGGCCAACCAGCAGGCGUUUUUCUGGGAGCAGCUGAGAAGUGUCCUGGGCAAGCCUGCAGCGACCCAAAGGGGGAGGUUCAGUGUGAAGAGCAGAACCUCAUCUGUGGGAGGUGUUUCUGUGAUUGGGCCCCCUGUGGAGGACAGGAGGCCAGAGGUGGGGGACACUAAUGCAGACAAAGAAGCAGCACUCGAGAACAAAAUCAUUAAGAGGGAUAACGAUGAGCUGUUGAACCAGAGACAAAUCCCUAUGGUGGCAUUUUGACCAAAAGGUUAGGAGAAAAAGAUCCAUUUCUUCAGUAUUGCCUCAAAGUCUGAACUCAGUUAACCUUUUGUGUGUGGGUUAUGCCAAAGCUGGGAGCAAAAGCCAGCGUCUCAUUAUGAUGACAAAACACGAUCCCCCGCCUGCCUGUGGCAUUCUGUCAUGUUAUCCCCAAAGGGGUGAGCUGAUGCCCUCUGCUCCGCUCUCCCUCUGAGCGUCUCAAGCUGGGUGCCCAGCUGACAGCCGCUGAAAGGCCAGAAACUCAACGGCUCAAAUGAGAUCUCCCAUGUUGCACUCUGGAUAACAAGCGAGGUGCCAGGAAGAUGUGGUGACAAGGGCCACAUUGUGAAAGGGCCGUGCUCUGUUACACGCUCGGCCCUCAGAGAUAUCAGAUCAUAAGUGUUCCAACUCUGAUGUUCCAGAGCCGAGUCAAAGGCCACACGGGAUAUACGAUACCAACACUUCACAGGAAUACAAUGUGUUUGGGGGAACUGGAAAGAUAAAAUCUAAAUCAACAGCGAACUUUGGAUUCAGCACUCCAUGCUAGCUCUUGAGUAUGCACACUUUUUCUUUUUCUUUUAUUUAACCAGAAGGGUCCUACUGAGGGACAACAUCUCCUCUGCCAGUGAGUCCUGGUCAAGAUGGGCAGCAAAUAAAAAGCUUCAAAUACAAGAACAAACAUACAAAACACAGCAGACACAAAACAUACAGGAAUCAAGGGCUUUAACAGGAAUCAUGGAAAACGGUGAUGCUUGAUCAAAGCAAUGAUUUUGUUCCUUAAAAAAAAUUAUUUUAAAUUAUUUUUAAACAUGUCAAAAAAGGGGAAAGAUUCUAAGUCAAGUAUGUCCAGAGGCUCAUUUAAGCAUGCAGGGUGUGAAAAGGGCCUUCAUUUUAUAGUUGUAGUUUACUGAUGUAUGAACAGAGGUUACAUAAAACCAGAGUGAGCGUCCUCUACUGACCAAUCAGACUGCAGGGUUCACAGCUCCACCUUUUAGUACCAGAUCUGUGUGCUAGGUACCCCAACAGAGGGGGGACCAAACAUGGGGACGCUAAGGAACGCUUCUGUUGGGACCAUCCACAACUUUCACUGUGGGAACAGAAGCAGUGCGUAUCAUACUGAACUGAACUGGGGGGCUUAAGUGAUAGCUAGCUGGUACAAUAGCAACAGUUAAAGGGACAGUUCACCCCUAAAUCAAAACUACAUAUUUGAACUACAUACUCUGACCUGUAGUGCUGUUUAUCAGUCUGGAUAGUUUUGGUGUGAGUUGCAGAGUGCUGAGAUAUCAGCUGCAGAGAUGUCUGCCUUCUCUCCAAUAUAAUGAAACCAGAUGGCACUGCAAAAAUUACAUUUAAAAAACUUCAGUGUCUCUCUCCAAAAAUCAUGACCUGGUUGUUCAAAAUAAUCCACAGAACUUUUCAUGAGCAGUGAGAUUUUUCUUUCUACCAAACUACACCCGCCAACUGUACCACCGCACUCAUGGAAGCAUGCAUCUGCUCAUGGACGAGAGGCUCAUGCUCGUGACAGCGUGGGAUGUGAACAUUACAUCUCACUGGAAAGACACGUUGCUGUUGAGGUUUUCAAAUGUAUCUUUUUGGAGCUUUGAGCAGCACAAGCCGAGCACCAUCUGGUUCCAUUAUACUUGAGAGAAAGGAGGACUCGAGGUACAGUAUCUCCAACACUCUGCAGCAAACACCAGAACCAUCUGAGGUGACAAACACCCCUGCAGGUGAGAGGAAAGUUCUAUAUUUUUGAUUCUGGGGGAACUGUUCCUUUAAGCAUACAAGUCAGAAAUAAGGAAGUUAUGAGCCAGUUGCCAUUAAAGGGCUGAUCCAAAACAGAUUGGCUUUCUGUCGGUCUGCUAAUGUUUCAGGCUGGCUGCCUCUGUGUUUGACUGUGUUUACAUGUACAGAUACAUAAACCAUUAUUUGACUGCUGUCAGUUAUCUUUCUUCACUUGUUCUGACUGAGCUGUUUGUCUUCAACCUGUGAGGUCACUGUUUUAUUAGGAGGUCAGCAGCAGCAUUGUUGUGUUGCUUUGCUUUAACGAUGACUUUGAGCUGAGCUCACAUGUGCCAUGAUGUUUACUGUGGCUUGAAAACAUUUGAAAAAAAAAAAAAAAACAGUUUUGUGUAACAAUUUAAAAACUUUUCAUGUCUUGAGUUGAGUUUACAGAUAAAGCCAUUUGUAAGGUCUGCAGAUGGCCAGUAGAUGACACCACUGAACUUUUUAUUUUCUUGUUGAUGUCCCACAGAGACAGACAGAGACGUGACAUGUAAUAAAUGCAUUUCCUGAAUAUAAGGCUUGCUGGCAUGAAACACAUUAAAUCAGUUCUAUAAAGUAUUAAACAUAAUCGUGUGCAGAAUCAAACAUGCAAAACAGACCUGUUUAUUCUUUAUGCAGACUCCUUGUACUCUGUGCUUCUGUAUUCUCUGCUCAUGUUUUCACAUUUAAAAUACAGCAUGUGCCUCAGUUUCAUAACCUGUAAAAAGCUGGACAUUUAUCAUUCUUGUAUAGAUGUAUUUGUGUGUAAUCAAAUAAAACCAUGUCUGUUUUAGUUACUACUGUGAAAAUGUGAUUAUGUUGGACAACCAUCACACACCCGGCAUCUCUGCAGCUGGUUUCAGGCCAGCUCUGAUCAGUAAUCAGAGAUGGUCGCUUUGGUUUCCAACUCAGAGAGAGCUGAGAGGCUCUUUGACACUCGUCCAGUUAGUCUCAGUUAAUCAAGUCAAACGACGGGUUUCAUCUUUACUUUUCUUUCAAACCAAGAAUUUUAAAUUUGUCCCUGAUCUGCCAAAGUUUCAUGUUUUCAUCAAUAAUGUAGAAAAAUGUUAAAUCAGGAAACAUUGCUUUGUUUCAGGAACAGGCCAGUUAUGAAAGAUAUUUUUAAAUCUCCAUUUGCAGACACCAUCCAUCCAUCCAUCCAUCCAUCCUUCCUUCUGUUAUAUUGUAUAUGAAAUAUUGUGCUGUGUGCACUUUUCUGCUUGUGUGUCCCUGAUGAAAAGCUAAAAGACUCUCGAGCUUUACCAGAUGAUGUCAUACUCUUACUGUUACUGUUUCUUUCCGCAGCUCUGUAUGAAAUGUACUUUGAGGUCCAGGGUUUAAAUUUAAAGUUGCAGCAUGCAAAUAUCCAUAAAGCCUUUAUACAGCUCACCUGGAGAUACGGAUGUAAAUCAGCCCCGGCGGUUUGCAUUCACUGAAAAGAGGAUUUCAGUUUACUGGCCUGCACCUAAUUUGUGUUGCUACUCAAGUUCUGAUGUCAUUCAAACAUAAUCACUCCCUUAAUUGCAAAUGAUGUUUCAGGGAAGCAUUAGUCAUACCUACUAAACAUAAGUGAGGCCUAAUAAAAUGAAUACAGGCAGCAAACAGGCUGAAGAAAUCCCUUCUUUUUACCUGUUUCUCAUGUUAUUUGUCAGCAGACAAUCAGUUCCAUUGGCACAGCGUGUGUGCACGUACAAGGACUUUGACAGGUUUUAUCUCACAGUGUGCGUCCACAGAAACAGACAUGACGGCUAACAACAUGGACAAAGCUGUACACAUAAAGGCAGGGAACAGAUAUUAUUUAAUAUUUUCUUGACUACAGCAAAUAGGUGGAUUUAUAUACGCAUGUAUACGUCCUCAUCGUACAGCAUGUAGGGUUUAUAUAGACGGUGCUAUGUACUGUAA